GACGUCCAGCUUAGCUUUGGGCUAAAGUAGUUGUAUUGUUAGUUGUAUUAAGUACUUUUUCGGUGACCUUUCAGUGUAAACUGUCUUGACCUUGACGAAUAUGCGUUAUGGGUCGCUCGUCUACGCCGAACUACUGUCGACACGCCCACCUGCGUCUUUACGGUGGUUUAAUCCGGGCUGUGACCAGUUUGUCAAUGGAUAAACCCGACUGUCGUCAGAUAAUCGAAAAGACUUGAGCAUACGAUAUAGCAUCAGCCUAAUUGAUAACUAAACAAAAUAGAUGACAAAAGAUAUAAAUAAAUGCCAUAUAUAUAUAUAUAUGCCUAAUUAUCUCUACGCAUCAUCGUUCUGUCGAACUAGUAAUUGGAAGGAGAAGUGUAGAUCGAUAUCUGGCUAAGCACGUGCAUUUGCCUGCCGCUAGAAACCGCCUGUCUGGAAGUUCGUCACAGUUCACAGCCCUUGGGCGCUAAUUUAACGUAUUUCUGUCUUUGCUUAUACUCACAUAGAUAUGUUUUGUUUUGCCAUUUACAGGAAAAAGAUCAGUUAGACGGUCACGAUCCAGCCAUACUCUUUUAUAAUAGUGCUUUACAAAAUUGGAAACCAUGGAUUAUUGCAUAGUGGGCGUUUUGGUCCUUAUAUGCUCACAACUAACAGUUGUACAAUCAUUUUCAACAGGAGCUCCGAUUUCGACUUGUCUAACAAUGUUUCCCAAACACAAGGGCACUGAGAAAAUGGUCUCCCCCAGUCCCUUCGCCAUUAGAUUAUCUUCACAAACUUAUAGGCCUUCACAAGAGAUUACCGUAUUUAUCGAGGGCAGUGGCGAAAAGAUAUUUAGAGGUCUUCAGAUCCGUGCGCAUCGUGUGAAGGGGGACACCGAGAUCAUCAUGGGCACUUUCACCAACUUUCCUGACAAAUUCUUACAACCUCUUAGUUGUUUCGGUGGACUAAAUAAUAUGUUGACCCAUAAAAAUAAUGCCAUGAAACGCAACGUGACCUUGACCUGGAAAGCCCCGGAUGUUCCUGUAGGAGACCUCGUCUUCACGACCACAAUUGUAGCUUCCUUUAAUGAAUUUUGGGGCGAUCAGAAAUCUGUCAUUAUGAAAGAUCCUUCCGGAACCGUCGACCUUGGAAACUUGGAGCAGAUACAUAAUGUUAAUCCGGAAAUAGACUUCGAUGGUACUUGUGGACAGACCAGAGGUUGUUUUCUGUUCCCAAGACAUUGUAUGGGUGACGACUGCCUAGCUGCCGUAUCAUUCCACACCCAAGACGGUCAUGUUCACUUUGAGAUGAUGGGCAAGGCGGAAGGGUGGGUUUCCUUGGGAUUCUCUCACGACAAGCUUAUGGGUGAUGACGAGACUCUGAGUUGUACAGCCCAGGACUCGAGAGUCACGGUACAGAGAGGGUAUAACCCGGCUCUGCACAAUGAUAGACAGUAUACGGCUGGGAUAGUCAACAUGACCACAGUACAGAAGGACGGCUAUAUUUACUGUCGGUUCUCUCGGCCAAUCGUCAUGUCCGACUUAGUGUCUGUCAAUUAUACUUCCGACCCGCCCACACCAAUAAACCACUCUUUUGACUUCUCCGAAGACUGGUACCUUUUCCUUGGCUGGGGAUACACUUACGUCGAUACUGACGUGAUGGGUAAGCACACAGAACUGCCUGUGGUGACAGAAAACAAAGUCAGUUUAUCCUCCACAGUGGUGUACCGGGGCAGCGUUAUGUCUACUUGGCUACAAGCUCACGGUUGUUUAGCUGUGAUCGCCUGGAUGCUGCUUGUCGGCAUGGGCACAGUCGUCGCUCGUCAUUACAGACAGGGCAUUGGGGCUAAAAUGGCCUGUGGUCAGAAGAGAUGGUUUCAGUUUCACAGGUUACUUGUUGGCCUGGCCGCUGCUUGCACUGCUGCGAGUUUUAUUUUGAUAUUCGUCAAAAUUGGCGGUUGGAGCAAGCAUGUGACCGUUCACGCUUACCUGGGGAUAGCUAUCAUGGCGGCCACAGUUCUGCAAGUAUCAGGUGGUCUGAUCAGACCCUCACCUGCAUCAAAAAUACGACCCGUCUUCAACUACUUUCAUCGGAUCUUGGGUAAACUCACUCACGCGGCUGCAGCUGUAGAGAUAUACUUUGCCUUCGACGUCCCUCUAUUUCCACAUACGAUGAGGAAGUUUGGGUUUAUUCUUGUCCUGGUAUGGGUCAUCACUCAGGUGUUCUGGGAAAUCGUCAUGGAGAUCAUGUCCUGUUGCAAAUCACGAAGCAGUUCCAAAAGUGACUAUGACGUAUCAAACAACUUUAAGAUUGAAGAGAAAUAUCCAGAGGAAACCAACAGAGUGGCAAAUGUUAUCUUGGCCUUGUAUAUGCUGAACGUCACAAUCAUAACAUUGGCGGCACUGUGUGCUGUACUACUAUUCUGAUUUGGUUGAUGUUCAUGUACCGCUACAGAAAUAUCCCGCUACAGAAAUAUCCCAAAGUGACCUGCCUAGACAUCCGUGUGCUCUGUAUAAUGAAAAUCACAGUUAUAACAGCGGCCACACUGUCUGCUGUUCGACUGUUCGGACUUGGCUGAUGUUCAUGUACCGCUACAGAAAUAUCCCGCUACAGAAAUAUCCCAAAGUGACCUGCCUAGACAUCCGUGUGCUCUGUAUAAUGAAAAUCACAGUUAUAACAGCGGCCACACUGUCUGCUGUUCGACUGUUCGGACUUGGCUGAUGUUCAUGUACCGCUACAGAAAUAUCCCGCUACAGAAAUAUCCCAAGGUGACCUGCCUAGACAUCCAUGUGCUCUUUAUGAUGAAAAUCACAGUUAUAACAGCGGCCGCACUGUCUGCUGUUCGACUAUUCUGACUUGGCUGAUGUUCAUGUACCGCUACAGAAAUAUCCCGCUACAGAAAUAUCCCAAGGUGACCUGCCUAGACAUCCAUGUGCUCUUUAUGAUGAAAAUCACAGUUAUAACAGCGGCCACACUGUCUGCUGUUCGACUAUUCUGACUUGGCUGAUGUUCAUGUACCGCUACAGAAAUAUCCCAAGGUGACCUGCCUAGACAUCCAUGUGCUCUUUAUGAUGAAAAUCACAGUUAUAACAGCGGCCACACUGUCUGCUGUUCGACUGUUCGGACUUGGCUGAUGUUCAUGUACCGCUACAGAAAUAUCCCGCUACAGAAAUAUCCCAAAGUGACCUGCCUAGACAUCCGUGUGCUCUUUAUGAUGAAAAUCACAGUUGUAACAGCGGCCACACUGUCUGCUGUUCGACUGUUCGGACUUGGCUGAUGUUCAUGUACCGCUACAGAAAUAUCCCGCUACAGAAAUAUCCCAAAGUGACAUACCCACUCAUCCAUGUGCUCUGCAUGAUGAAAAUCACAGUUAUGACAGUGACCACACUGUGCUGUACGGCUAUUCUGAUUUGACUGUAUUUCAUGCACCGCUACAGAAAUAUCCCGCUACAGAAAUACCCCAAAGUGACCUGCCUAGACAUGUGCUCUGUAUGAUGAACAUCACAAUUAUGACAGUGACCACACUGUGUGCUGUACUACUAUACUGAUUUGGCUGAUGUUCUGGUACGGCUACGGAAAUAUCCGGCAACAGAAAUAUCUCAAAAUGAUCUGCAUAGUUAUACAUGUGCUCUAUAUCAUCAACAUCAGCAGGCUGUGGGCAUGCUACUUUUCUCACGUGUCUGAUGUUUGUGUACCGCUACAGACAUAUCCCUAGAUGAGAUAUGGAGAGUGCCAAUUUGACGGACAUUGUAUAUGUAUGUUAUAAGUAUAUUGUUCAUUAUAUUGCCUGCACGGUUGAUUGUUUUGAAAACCUAUCUUCGUACUUCCAUUGUCCUUUACAGGAUUUAAAGAACCGAUUUCGUUCUUCGACAAAUCAGUUGGUGCUCCUCACCAAAUUGUUGCAAACUGAAAAAGUGAUAAAUAUUUGAUUACCGCCAUGAUACAGGCAUGUACCAAUAUUUAAGAGCAUGCAACAUUUUAAUGUUUUGUCGGCAAGAUUUUAUAAAGGCAUUCUUUAGAAAUUGUAGGAUAUUUUUAUAUAUUAUAAAUUCAGCACAAAAUUAUUUCUAAAGAUUUUGCGUGGUAGUCUGAUAAGGUAGCAGAAUCAAAUUUUUCUCAUGAUAUUUGUUCUUGAAAUUGUUUGUGAAUUAUGUAAAGGAGAAUUUUGUCAAUACACACACACACACAGGGUGUGCCCACAGGUAUACUGCACUUUGACAUAUACUCACAUUUUUACUUCAUUUCAUUUUCAGUGCCAGUCGUUCACUGAUUGCUAGUGUAAUAAAUGUGAAGAUAAUUUAAUUGAUCAA